AAAUUUUGAAAAAAAGUGUUUCUUAUAAAAUUUAGCAAAUAAAUAAUGUUUCAUCAUAAAUCUUGGCCAAAAUGUAUUCUGUUAUCUUUUUAGUAAAAAAAAAAACCCAAAUUAGUUUUAUAACCAAAAAUUUUAAUUUUAAACAUUUUUUUUCACAUACUGUCACCCUAGCAGUACACGGGGCGGACUGACAACUCAUGGGGCCCCUGGGCAAUAGGGGAUCACAGGGCCCCUGUGUCCUCACCCACACUCAAACCACACCCAAAAAAGCCUCUGAAAGGUACCAGGGGCAUCUCAUGGGGCCCCCUACUGACCCCGGGCCCUCGGGCAGUGCCCGAGUGCUCGAAUGGUCAGUCCGCCCCUGGUGAUCUCUACUAGACUCAUGUAA